ACAAGGAUGGUCCAAAUAUGGCCAAAUUUUAAUUUAUCAUUUUUCCUCUGUUUUUGGAUCUUUUGUGCUAAUAAUACAUAUCUAACUACAAGUACAACUAUUCUUACAAAAUUCAUAGACAGAAAAGAUGAGUUGAAACAAAUCAAGAAAAUCCCAAGAAGCAAACUGGGAUCUUGAUCCAAGUAAAAUUCUAUCCUAAAACGAAAUGUGGCAAAUGAACAAAGAACCAAACUUGGUUAGGUAAAUAAGAUAAGUUGAAACAAAUCGAGAAAAUCCCCAAAACGAAAUGUGGCAAAUGAACAAAAACUCCACCUGUCAACAAGUUGCUUAGUCACCCCAUUCAGGUCGGCUACUUCCAUACCACCUGGCCAUUCACACCCACACGUCCACCUCCAUUCUAGACCCUCUCUUAAAAAAAAUACCGCCCCUAUCUGUUUAUUUAACAUCAUAAUCCAUUUCCAUUUCCUCGGAUCAAAUCUUCAGCAAGAAAGAAAGAAUACAAACACCACAAACAGAAAAAUGGCGACAGAGAAAUUGAGCCGCAGAGAUGACACCACGAAGGAAAAAGAGAUUCAGGUGGAGAGAGAAAGAGUCCCACAAUUGACAAGCCACUUUGAGGCCAUUGCUGUGCACGGCAAAGCGACCGACCCCAGUAAUGAAAAAGCUACAACACCAGAAGAAACAAAGGCGAGACAAAAGAGUGAUGCUAGUGGAGUGGGAAAAGAGACGUAUGGAACCGGCAUUGCUAGAGGGACAGUUCAAGGAAGGGAGGAGGAGAGACAGGGAGUUGGAGGUGAGAAACCAGAAGACAGCCAUGAAUUGGCUGCUCAAUUUGAGUCUCUUGCUGACAAAGUAAGAGACAAGAGAGAGACUGAUACAGAGAAUGAAAGGGAGAGGCAAGCACGUGCUGAUAAAGAGAGAAUUGCUGCUCGUGAGAGAGAGCAAAAAGGGUCUCGAGCAGAAGAAAAACAGAGAGCUUUAGAACAGGCAAAAGAGAGAGAAGGUGAAAUAGGAUCUCGUCAAAAUCAACCGUCUCUUGAAGAAAUUUCCAAUUACAGAGCUAUAGCACAGCAGAAAUCGAACGAAGCAAUAAUGGCGGCAAAGGAACGGUAUGACAAAGCAAACAAAAAAUCACUCGAGCAAGGAGUUGAAGCUGGAACAAGGGAAGCAAUACCGAGAGGCACAGAAGAAGCUGAGGACACAGUCGAAGAGGGAAAUCAAUAUUCAGGUUUAGAGACAGUGAAAGAGACGCUUACAAGUGCAGCCAAAACAGCAAAGGAUUACACCGCGCCAAUAGCAGAGAAGGCCAAAGAUUACACAGUCUCUGCAGGUCGAACAACAGCUCAUUACCUUGGAGAGAAGGCAGUGGUGGCUAAGGAUGUUGCAAUAGAAAGUGGGAAAGUUGCAGCUGAGUAUGCAGGUAAAGCAGCAGAGGAUUUGAAGGAUAAGACGGCAGUUGCAGGGUGGAGCACGGCCCAUUACUCAUGUGACACGGCGGUGGAGGGGACUAAAGCAGCAGCAAGGCUCGUGAAGGGAGCUGCAGAGUAUGCAGGAGCCAUUGCAGCCAAGCCCUUGUCUGCUGCAAAGAAUGUUGCUGAAUCAACAGGGGAGACUGUGAAGGACUAUACAGCCAGGAAGAAAGAAGAAGCACAGAGAGAAUCAAUGUACAAGCAAACUGAGAAAGAAUCCAUGUAUGAGAAAACUAAGGAAACUUUUGAAGAGGGUAUAGAGGAAGUGAAGGAAAGGGGGGGAGAAAGAGGAGAAGAGAACAGAGUUGAAGAGGAUAGAAAUGAUGGGGGGAUAUUGGGGGCAAUUGGGGAGACCAUAUAUGAGAUUGCACAGACUACAAAAGAUAUAGUGAUUGGGCCUGGUGAUGAGACUGGAAAACAGAGCACAUUAGGCUUUGAGCUUGGUCAGGAAGAGGAUGAGGAAAAAGGCCAAGAACAUGAAAAGAAAGAGCACUAUGAAACUGCAGCCAAGAAGGAACACAGAGCCUGAUAGAAAGUCCACUGUUUAAAGUGGUUUGUGAGUUUUUAUGUUUUGGAAUUCCUGGGAAAGGAUUGUGGAAGAAUGGAUUAUGUGUUUUUAAGUUUGUUCGUUUAUGAGGGGUUAAAUAAAAUUGAGUGUCUGUGGAUCCUCUUUGUUC